GAAAGCAGCUUUAAUUGCAAAGAGAAAAGCCAGCGAUGGCUUCGCUCAGGCAGGACCACCACUACGGGCUCUCCUGUGGAAAAAAUAACAAAAACAGCCCAAACAGGACGCUUUACCAUGUCAAGCUCACGGACACGGCUCUCAGGGCGCUGGAGGCUUACCAAAACCUCAAGGAAUCUUUACCAAGUGAACCAUCCGUUUGCUUCAAAGGAAACCAAGGGUACAUCAAGAUCCCAGCUCCCACUUCAGAGUCACCUUCUGCUCUUCGCGUGUUCUCCUUCUACUUAUCCAGCGACAGCAAGGACCAACCUCAAGCCAGCUUCGACUGCAUCCACCAAUAUGUUACGAGUGACGGCCGAGAGCAUCUUGAAGGUCAAGGCAUCAUCCAGGACAAGAUCACAGUGUGCGCCACGGACGACUCCUACCAGAUGACCCGUGAGAGGAUGUCUCAGGUGGAGAAGGACAGCUGGAGCCGCACCGCCAUCGAGAUCAAACCCGGAGCCACACAUCCAAGUAAAUGCGUCAAGUUCCAGAAGCGGCCUCAGUCUGCAUCAGACAGCAGCUUCUUGAAGCACUCCACCAACACCCGGAGGAACAGCGGAACGGCCACGCCUACCCAGAAGCCUUUGAGGGAGCGCAUCAUCCACCUCCUGGCUCUGAAACCUUACAGAAAACCCGAGCUGCUGCUGUGGCUGGAGAGGGAAAGAGCCGACCCCAAGGAUAAGGCCGAGCUGGGUGCCAUAUUGGAGGAGGUGGCCAGAGUGAAUCCCAAGGACAGCAGCUACCUGCUGAGGGAUGACUUCCACAAACAUGUGCAGAGGGACUGGCCCGGAUACAGCGAGGAGGAGAGGCAGCUGAUCAGCAGGCUGCUGGCCAGGAAGCUGCAGCCGCACAUCAGCCAUCCAUUGAGGAAUCUUCCAGCAAAUGUGUCAAAGACCUCCGAGGAUACGACGCUACAUCACAGCCAAGCCAAAAAUCCUGCAGUGAAACGUCUCGUGCCUUCUGACUCACUGGAAAGGCUCGCUGUUAAGAAACAACGACUGGUGGACCAGAGGUUGCAACAGCAGCCCACAGUAAACGGACUCCUAAACAACAAAGGACACGUCAUUUCAGCUCCUACCCUCAACCCCAGUUUCCACACAAAGACUGAGUUUCAACGGACAACUAACCAAACUGGUAACCAAAAUGGCUUACCAGGAGGCCCCAGUGGCUUUCCUCUAAUGCACAAACUGUCUAACACCUCUGACACACCGGUCUCAGAGAGCAGGGAGCAGGAACCCAAAAUAAGUAGCGAGCAGCCACCACCGGGCAACUCAGACUGUGCUCACCAGCAGCCCGCCAACAGCCAGCACAAGAAGAAGAAAUCUAAAAAGCACAAAGACAAGGAGCGGGAGAGGUUAAAAGAAAGCAAGGGCAGCAAAUGGUUCGAGACGAGUCCUGAUCUCAAGCAGAACCCGGACAAGCUUGACAAUCCUGACAUCACAAAUGCUGUGGCCUCUGAGGAGAAACCAGAUUACGUGCUCACAUACGGUCCCAUAAUGAGUUUGGAGCAGCGUGAGCAGUGCCAGGAGGAUUUCUGUGCAGAGUAUGAUGAAUACAAAGACCUACACUCGCGGAUCGCCACCAUUACUCACAUGUUCGUUCAGUUAGAAUCCAAGAUCAAAAGCUUGCCCCCUGGCACACGGGAAUAUAAGAUAAUGGAAGACCAAAUACUAGAAAAGUACAACAAGUAUCGAAAGAAGUUCCCAGGCUACCGGGAAGAGAAGAAACGCUGCGAGUAUCUCCAUGAGAAAUUGUCCUACAUCAAACAGCUCAUCGCAGACUAUGAUGUCUCUCAGGCUUCUUCAUAGCGUUGGAGCUCCCUUUUAUCAUUUAUUUUCUAUGUGGAACUCUGUGCUUUGCAUAAAAAACAUAGGUUUAAAAAAAAAAAAGCAUUUCUACCCAAAAGUUUUACUAAAGAUUUCGGAUGAAACUGCAUCGUCGGCAUCCACGGCCUCUGCUGGGAUCAAGGACCAUGCUGUGAGCAACGGAGAUAUAAAUCAAUAGCAGUUUUCUCUUUGAUUUUAAAGUCUACUUUUUUUCUGCUAGUGACAUCGCUUAAAAGAUAAAAGUUCAAUGUAGAGUCAAAACGUCUGUUAAAGCAGCCGUGCACAUCAAAUUGCCAUGACAGACAACUUCCCUGUUUUUGCCCACAUUGUUAAAAACCAGUGUCAGUGUAAACCAUCCCGAUGGAAUUAUUUAAAAGGUAGCAAUUAUGAGUUUAACUUAUUCACUUUGUUUUUGGACAUAGUCUAAGUCUGCUCCAGGCAGAUUUCCCUUUUGCUUUUUUAUGAACUUAAAUGUCAAUACAGUUUAAUUUUUCAAUGCUAUAUCAAAGUUGCCUCAACACGAUUGAAGUGGCCUUGUGCAAAAUAACUGAUGUUUGAACUUUGAAGUCAUUUUAUCUCGGCCUUCAUAUCUGAUUAUGUAAAUGGUGGAGAUCAACUCGUUCCCUGUGCAGAAUCCCUUCAAGUUUCAGGCAAUUACCUUGAAGCAAGACUAUUUUAAAGCCAUGCUGCAUUACCAUCAAGUUAUUCAAAGUUGAUUUGAAAAAAAUUAAAAAUGUUAAAAGGAUAUCUGACAGGAAACAACUGAAGAAAUCCUUUUUAUCAACCCUUUUUAUCAAUUGCUGUAUUAAAUUGAAGAUAUUUUUUAAAAUAAGGCCAGUUUGUAGCUCAUAACUUUCCACCUGAAGGAAUCUGCUUAGAUUGCUUUAUGACAACUUCUUAAUAUACCUGCUAAAAGUUUGAUUCCAUUGAGCAAAAAAACUGGAAAAUAUUGAAAUGGUUUGAAAUGUUAAGACUGAGGUACAUGCUGUCUCCCAAAUGCACUUGUUUAAAGUAUUUAUUCACCACAUCCGUUUAUUUUGAGUCACUAGUAAAGGGACCAACAUGCUUGACUUUGAUGGUUGUUGCAAUAAUUUGGUGAGGAAGGAAGAUUAUUUCCCCCAAAUGCAAUACUGACAUUGUUAAUCCUGGACAAGGUCUAGUUUAAAGUAUUCUGUAAAGAAGAGUCAUGACAUGUUUAUUUUUUCUUCCUUCUUCUAACUACUGAUGUGUUUAUUUCAAGCCACCUUCCUCCGUUCUGUGUUGUCGUCUAGUCAGCUUGAAGCGUUAGGUCUUGCUACAUAAAAAUGUGUUUCUCAAUCCAAGCAGCUGGGAAAGCUUGUGAGCUGUUUAAAAGUUAACCUAACGUAAUCAUUUGUGUCUCCGGUAAUUCAGAUGACAAAAGAAUAAGGGGUGUUAAGUGUUUCAAAUGCAGUUUAAAUGAAAAAAAAAAAUCAGUUUUGAGGAGGUGAGUGUUUAAAGUCAACUCAACUUACUCGACUUUGAUGGCGAAUUGAACAGUAUAGCUUUGGGUUAUUUCAUCAUAUUGACCCACGGACAAAUACAUUGAACAUACAUUUUGAAAUAAUACAAACAAAUACAACAUAAACCUUUCAAAAGAUUUCAUUACCAGCAUAUUUAAAAGAUACUGAGCUGGGAAACGUAGAAACACUCGCAGCCAUGUUGGUUAAAAAGAAAACAAAGUAUAUAGUUGCUACAUAAUAACCAGCUAUGGUACUAUUUUAAACAUCUAAACGGGGUUUCUAACCUUUUUAAAUUCCACUUUAGUGCCCAUCUGACUGUUUCUUGCAUUAAACCAAAUUUUCAGUUGAAUUGUGAUUGUUCCUUGUGGUUCCAGCUUUUUAUUGAAUGUUAUCGCAAUGACGUAGAAGCCUUAAGAUUACACUUUUCUAGGACAAAAUCUGCAAACUGCCAAUAUCAGCAAGGAGUCAUCACACACACACACACACACACACGUUUUUCUGCCUUGUAUUACUUUGAGCUGUUACAUUUUAACCUGUCUUUCACUGUUCAAAUCAAAGUGUCUUUCUCCCCAUUUUUGAAUAUAACAUUCCGCAGGAAAUCUUUGUUUAUGUAACUUCCGGAUUUUGAUUGGCUAUGAUGGCAUAGCGUUCACAUCAGUUGCAUUUUUUAUCUUUAAGGUACGCUGUUUUUCCUAAUCAUCAGAUAUGUUGGUCAGGUAUUUAUCAUUAGGAAUUCCACUUUGGUUUUUACACUCUUACACUUUGAUAUCUCUAAGCACAUGGAUCUGUUUGAUUUGACUGACUGUCAACAGAGAUUUCAAGCACAAAAGAAAUCCAUUGUAAAAAUAACAGCCCUCAAUCAAUUCUAGGUAAUGGUUGGUCAUUAUAAGAAGGUUACAGGGGGUGCAAGGUAUAAUUGUGUUGUUUGGUUGAUCAGAGACCAUGAUUAUCUGUGGGAUAUUGAAUAUAAUGGAGAUGAUAAUUAUCAGCGGGUUAUUGAUGGAAAAAAUCACUCUUUUUGGAAACUGAACAUUUCCUCUAAAAUCACUGAUGGAUUUAAUUGAGCUGUUGAAGUCUUAAACACAAGCUGCAACAAACAAGUUCAUACGGUGGAGAGGAGAGUAUGCACUAUGAACUGCAAUUUACAAAUGUACACUUUCUAUUUUUCUGUUGUGCAAUGUUCAAAAGAAUAAAAACAUCAAAGAGA